AUGUCCAAUACAACCAAAGAUAACCCGACAGCAGCUACAUUAUUACCAAAUACUAAUAGCACACAACCCCUUAAUCAAAAUAAACACCAUAGCGAUGAUAAUGAUAGCUUAUCACAUCACCAUUCCAAUAUGGAUAAUACCAGGUUAAGUUUUAUAGAACCGAUAAGUAUAAAUGAAGAGAUCCAACAACAACAACAACAAGAUAAGGGUACGAAUAAUAAAAACAAAUCAAACAAUGAUAAUAACAAUGAUCCAUUUGUAAAUGUUGAGAUAUUGGAAGGCAAUAUAAUAAACGGAACCUUAUUACAAACAAAUACAAAUAACAUGAGUAUGAGAAGUGUUAAUAACCUAAUACCAACUAAAAGUAAGACUAGCAUUGGUGGUAAUAACAAUAUUCUGCCAGUAAGUACGUAUGACGGGAAGAAAUUUAUGGUGUGGACAAUGAGGAUAACUUUGACAUAUGGGAAUCAACAAUUGUAUUGUUACAAACGGUACAGUGAAUUUGUAGUUUUUAGAAAUAAAAUAUUACACAAAUUAAAUAUGUAUUACAAAGAAAAACAAAGACAAGGCAACAAUAGCAUUAACAGAUAUACAAAAAUCGUAAUACCUGAAUUACCCCCGCCUGUGAGUUGGUGGAAAUGUUGGGAAUAUGAUAGGGUUAAUUUUGAUAGACAUUGGUUACAACAUAGACAAGCAGGGUUAGAGUUUUUUAUGUGUAGUGUGUUAUUGGAUAAAGAUAUUGUUAAUCUGUGUUUUGAUAUUAUACAAAAGUUCAUAUUAAAUAAACCAAUAUAUGCUUAA